AUGACCCCAGUUACUUUUGAAUGUAUAUCUGUGGCACUGGUUUCAUUAUUUUUCAUAAAAAUAUUAGCAUAUAUUUACAAACAAAAGUGUGAAAAAGAUCAUUCAAAAGUAAAUAAAGGGAAAGAAAAUAAGAAUUCUACAAUGAAUGUAAAAGUAGAUAUUGUUUGUGAUAUAACAAAUAGUUUUGGAAAAUAUUAUGCCAAAGAAGUAUUAAAAAAAAAAAAUUUAUUAGGUAUUAUACCUGUAUAUAAAAGUUAUAAUAAGGAAUAUGAAAAUGUGGAUAAAUUUAAUGGAUUUAUGGCCGAAUUUUUCAAAUUUUUAGAUUUGAAAAAUGGGAAAGUAAUAUUAGCUAGUGAUAAUAAUUGUAUAAAUAAUUAUAUAAAUCCAAUAUCUAAAAUUGAAGAUACAGAAAAUGAAAAUGAUGAAGAAGAUAUACUACUAGCUUCAUGUAUUAUUUAUGAAAAGAUAUUAAUAAUUGUUUGUGUAAUUAAUUAUGAUAUGGAUAUUGAAAAACAAUUGGAUUAUUUUUUGAAGAAUCAAAAAAACGAUUUACUUAUUGUUAUUAAUAAUUUAUUUUUAAAUAGUAAUUUAAAAGAUGAAAAGAAUUAUAAAAAUAUGGAAUUAUUAGAAAAAAAAUGUUCCUUAUUACCAAAAGGAGAUGUCAAUAAUUUAUUAUCCUUUUUGGAUUUUAUGAAUAUUCAAAAAGGAUGUAUAAAUGAUUUAUAUUCAAUCAUACAAAUAAAUAUGAAAAACUUUCAAUAUUUUUAUAAACUCCUAGGAAAUACCACUUCAGGUACUUUUUUAAAUGGACAUGUCUAUGAUAAUUUUAUGUCUACAAAUUUAUAUAAUUCACUUAUGGAUAUAUAUCACGAUUUGAUUUCAGAAACAAUAAAAAAAGACAAAAAAAAAAUUAACAUUAAAAAGUUUUAUACCUUUUAUUGUGUAAAGUGUGAUUAUAAAAAAAUUGUGAAAUUAAGUCUUAUGAAAUUAGAAAAUAAUUUCUUCUUAUUUUAUAUAUAUAAUAUCUAUUCUUAUAUUUAUUAUCAGUUGAUAUUAUAUGUAUCUCAGAAAAAUUCUGUAUAA